AGCAGCAGCAGCAGCCAUGGAUGGUGAACAUGCACAAGCACCGGACGAUCGCGACGAUCAUCAAGCGGAUCCUGACGUUCCGGGCGAUGGCGAAUCGGUACCCGUUUGUGAAGGAUGCGGAGGUGUGGGAACAGCUGAUGGCGAUCGAGGCCGUGGACCAGGCAGAGAUGGAGCGGUUGAGUGAGAUCUGUGAGGAGAAGGCGUUGGCCUCUUCGUCUGCGUUGGCGUCCCCGGUCUUUGCAAAGUGAGCCAGCCCAGAAAUAUGAAUUUGUAUAGUCUAGUAGACUAUCGUAGACUAUAGUAGACUGUAGUAGUCUACAUUGUAGAUAAAUAUGUGUGUGUAGUCGAGUCCCAUC